UCCAGCUCCGACUCCGACUUUUCAGAGUCAGUCAGUCAGUCGAUUUCAAGACAGGGAAAAGUUCCGGUCCAGAACAGUGGUGUUGUUACAAACGGCCCCUCAAUACAACAACCCCCACCCCUCUCUGGAGAAACACGGGGUAGCCUAACGGGGUCCCUUUCUCUCUUGGCUUGGCGUCCGUGUGUGUGGUGCUGCGGUUAAACCGGAUAUUGGUGCAGCGCAAGUGACAAGUGAGAGUGGCAACACGCCACCGAAUAGAAUUACUUUGCCGUCGUCAGUGGUGUUGUUGAAAGUGUGUUUGCUCAUUUGGAAAGUGACAAAGUUAUUUUGCUUCAUCGGGAGAAAAAUAAUAAAAUAAGGAAAAUAAAAACGGUGGUUCGUGCCGUGUUUGGCGCGCGCUCAUUUUAGGCGCUGAAGUUUCCCUCCCAGGGAGCUGGCGUGCGUUUCGAAGAAAAAUGAAAAUUUAGUGAAAACGCGUACACUUACAUACUUGCGCGCGCGACGGAGUGGAUUGAAAAGGAUGUGAAAAUUGCAAUCUGUGGCAAGCUAAAUACGAAGGGGGAAUUUUUUUUUUAUCUGUGGAAUUUACAGAACAAGUGACAUCGACUGGAGUGGAAGCGACGAAACGGGAAAAUUUCGGUCAAUCCUUUGGACCUACUAACUAACUCGAUAUAGAAACUCGUUUUUUGACUAUCCUCGUGAGAACAGUUCCAACAGGGACCAACCAAAAAAAUAAAUAAAAUUGCUAACCAUUGCAAGGUGGAUUAGUCAACGGCGAUGACACGUCGUAAGCAGCACAUCUACCAGCUGCUGCUGGUUCUGCUGGUGGUCGUGACCAAUGCACAGGAUGCUCCGGAAGAACAACCGACAGCAUCCCCACAGGUGUCGCCCGGCGGUGGUGGAAGCUGCAAAUUUCCGGGCGUUCCAGCCCACGGUAUAGUGCAGUUCACGGACGAUUCGCUGCCGAACGGGACCUGGGCGUCCUACUCGUGCGAACGGGGAUUCGAGCUACUGGGACCGUCGCGGCGUGUGUGCGACAGCGGCCAGUGGGUCCCCGAGGGGAUACCCUUCUGCGGACCGGCUUGUGAAGUUAUAAAUAAUGACAAACAUUCUCUGUUUCUUUGUUCUUUUUUUUCAGGUAAUGGCAAACCGGCUACCAUUGUGGUACGUGUCGGCAAUAACCGACCGGAUUUGGGUACCAAUCCGAUCUGUAACCGCUUCACCGGUUCGCUGGAGGAAGGCCAACCCCUGUUUCUGCCGUGUAAUCCACCGAUGCCGGGUGCAUUUGUCUCGGUUCAUCUGGAAACGAACCUCCCAAGCCAGCUAUCAAUUUGUGAGGCGUUCGUGUAUACCGAUCAGGCUCUACCGAUUGAACGGUGUCCAGCCUUCCGGGAUAUGCCACCCGGGGCUUCGGCUUCCUACAACGGGAAGUGUUACAUCUUCUACAACCGCCAGCCGGCAUCGCUACGGGAUGCUCUUGCCUUCUGCCGUUCCCGGGGUGGAACGUUGAUCAACGAGAGCAAUCCGGCCCUGCAGGGUUUCAUCAGUUGGGAGCUGUGGAGAAGACAUCGGAGUGAUACCUCGUCGCAGUACUGGAUGGGAGCGGUUCGGGAUACGAAGGACAGGAACACCUGGAAGUGGAUCGGAGGCGAUGAGGUGUCGGUGUCGUUCUGGAAUCUUCCCGGAGGGGAUGAGGACUGUGCCCGGUAUGACGGAUCCAAGGGGUGGCUGUGGAGUGAUACGAAUUGUAAUACGCAGUUGAAUUUUAUCUGUCAGCAUCAGCCCAAGACUUGCGGUCGUCCGGAGCAACCUCCAAAUUCGACGAUGGUAGCCCCGAAGGGCUUCGACGUUGGCGCCUUUGUUGAGUAUAGCUGCGACGAAGGUCACCUGCUGGUUGGACCUUCGCAGAGAACUUGCUUGGAAACUGGAUUCUAUAAUGAGUUCCCUCCUGUCUGUAAAUAUAUUGAAUGUGGACUUCCGGCCUCGAUACCACAUGGAAGCUACGAUCUGAUCAACGGUUCCGUCGGAUAUCUUAGCUCAGUUCAUUACAAGUGUAACGAGGGCUACGAAAUGAUCGGUAGGGCACUUCUGACCUGCGAUAUUGACGAGCGCUGGAAUGGACCGCCUCCGCGAUGCGAGUUGAUUGAAUGCGAGCCCCUGCCAACUCUGUUCCCGAAUGGCGAGAUCAUAGCGCCGAACGCUACAGUUUUCGGAUCCCGCGCUGAAGUCAUUUGUAACCGUGGUUUCAUACCGGAAAGUCUUGACACCGAAAUUUUCUGUACUUCCACCGGACAGUGGAGUAAUUUGUUGCCGAAAUGUAUCGAAGACCCGGCUAGUAGAAUACCGUCUACGACGGCAGCUCCACCAACAACACGUCCUACACCGCCAAUUGUGAUUAUAUCAACGACUCCAGUUCCCGCAACCCAGUACACGCAGAAGCGACCGCAAUCGCGAAGACCGACUAGACCGACGACUCGUUUCACGACCAGCAGUUCGACGACUCAGACUCCACUGUUUAGCAUUGAGAUCGACGACGGUAACGAUAGCGAUGGCUUAGACGGAUUCUACGUCGGUACUAACGAGGAUUACUCUCUCCCACCUCUAGAAGUCCGUCCGGGUAUAGUGCGGGAAGAUGGCCCGUCCCGGAAACCGUACCGUCCUGGUCAAAAUACGAUACCAAAGAUCCCAACCGUGCAGCACGUGCCACCGAUACGGGUGAAGCCGUCAUACUACGAACCGUCCACAACCACAACAACAGCCACUACCACUACCACAACUACCACUACACAAACACCACCACCACAGACACGACCAAGCACGACCAGUACACGGCAACAUACUACCACGUCACGUAACCCGCAGGACAUUAUACUGUCCCAGCACCCGCAAGACAACGAAAUCGCCGGAUCCGUCAACAUCCGGCAAGACCAGUCUCCGAAGGUGAACGUACCGUUCGCCGUAGAUAACUCGGACGGCGAGAGUACCGGUGGAGCUUACGGCGGCAUCGGAGGCAACUCCAACCUUGGCGCUGGCGAUCGGAAGGAAGCCAAGAAUGCCCGCCUCAAUCUCGGUGCCAUUGUGGCGCUCGGAGCGUUCGGUGGCUUCGUCUUCCUAGCUGCCGUCAUUACCACCAUUGUGAUCGUAGUGCGAAGAAACCUGCCAUUCGCCCCAAAAACCCCGCUCUAUCCAUCCAGCAGUUCACCAAAGGAUGAUCUAACCGGUCCCGGUAGCAUCCCCAUGCGCUGCUACCUUCCGCGACCCGGUUCGCUACGACCAGCAGCUCGUCGCUUUUUCUCCAAUGCUACACCUGCUACUACUACCACUACUACUGCUACCACCACUACCACCGCUAAUGCUACCUCCGGUCGGUACUACUAUUGCGACAAACCCAGCCGGGAUUUCAAUAACAACAACCACAACAUCAACAACAGCCACACGGCACCGACCGUCGCAAAAUCGUUAGCGGCAGCCAAAGGCCACCGCCCAAAAGCACCUACCCCAGCUGCUACCAACACAACGGAUUCUCAGAUGCCCUCGCGUUGGUAUACUGUAUUGGCACUACCGUUUCCAGAUCAAACCGUCGGCCGCCGGGAUAUUCUCGGUACUACAACGGCUUAUGGACGUCAUCGUCGGAAUCAGCAGCUACAAUCGCAGCAAAAACAACAACACCGAUUAACCGAGAAGCCUUCGCGAUUUUUCGGACGACUGUUCCGCACCAACGACAGCAAGGUAGCUCCGCCUCCAGUGUACACCGUAAAACCGGCCAGACCAACAAUCUCAAAACCAUCGCCUAUUAUAAUCAACCGCCAGCAUAAGCCGCCGGCAAGUGCGAUGCGGUUGUACACCAGUGUUGACAACCAAAUCAGUAGCAAUAUCCCCAAGCAAUCGACACUGUUCCGUCGACCGCCGAACGUGGACGAUUACUACUGCAAUGAGGACGAUCCGCAGGCUUCGUUAUGAUGGGCGAAACGACUGCUAUCAGAAGGCACAGAGCCACCCAGAGAUGCACCACUCUCUAGCAGUUCGUUCGGUUCGGAUAGUCCGUCAACACUGCAACAACAACACCUGCGCUACUACCAACGCCAUUACUAUUAUUACAAACACUACCUUUAUCAAACGACGUGCCAUAACCAUACCAAUACUAACGUACAAAUUCGUAACCAUACAAUAAACCAGCAGGGCAACCAGCACUACCGGCACCGGGCCUCGCCGGACUGCAACACGGUGGCCUCGUUCUCCAGCUCCAGCUCGGAGUCACGCAACGGACUGAACCGGUACUACCGGCAGGCCUGGGAAAAUCUGCACGAAUCCGCCUCCAAGGGACACAACAGCAACAGUUCGCACAGUGCGCUGAAGCGGAAGGAAACGAUGGACGCAGCACCACCGCCGAGCCGAUCCCGUUCGCGGGAGAAUCUCGGCGGGAGCCGCUCGCGGGAUCUUGAUAGAUCCCGGGAGAACCUCUCAUCGAAUCGUAGCCGCGACUACCCCCGGGACAGCAUGGCCGUCCGGGACGGUUCGGAGAUGGUCGUAUCGGAUGUGUGCGUCAAGGGUGAGAAGAAACGGCACCACCACCAUCACCACAAAAGCAGCCACCGGGGGGAAGGUGGCGGUGGAGGAGGACGAGGAGAUGGCCGCAAUGGUGCCGGCAUCGUCGAUGGAGAUCGAAGCCGCAGCAGCCACCGGGACAGUGGCAGUGACUUUCGGGAGCCUAACAUCAUGGGUAGUGGAAACGGAAAUGGACGACGCGGCGGUGACCACCGACACUAUUGACCCCGUCGAAUGGUAAUCACUAUCAGAAUAGAGGGACGGAGCAAGUGCCACCGGCUGCUGCUCAGUCCGCCGUGGGAGUGACACUUUCCAGACCUUUCGAUAUCUCUUUCUCUGGCAUCAACUUUUAUUUCUUUUUCAAAUCCUAUCGCUCUCAUUGUUGUAUGUAUUUAUUUAUCAUUUGAAACUUCACUAGAUGGUAAUACCUGUUGAAAAAAAAGCUCAUUUAACCCAAGACAUUAAAAAAAAACAACCACGAUAGAAUAAGAAAUUUGAUAGUCAAUAGGCGAAUCCUUUUUCUCAACCUUCUACUACGUAUUUAACACAUCUUCACGAAAUACACUGAACGAAAUUUGCGUCUUAUUUUGAUGGUGAAUUACCACGCAGUAACGCACGUGAGACAGCAAGUAGGAAAAUUUCUUUCAGAAUCGUCCAUUUUUUUUCCGGGACCGAUCUUGACCGCGUCGAAACCCUUAAAAUAACAAAUAAACAAGAUGGUGUUUAGACACGGUCGACAUUGUUCCUCACCAAAAUCUAUUACUUUUCUAAUCAACUCUUUUACUCCUACUCUAUCAGAAUCACUUCGUUCAUAAGUUGUUAAUUUAUUAUCGUUCGUUUUUUCUUUCGGUUUCCUUAUUAAAGAUACGACGCUAUUGUUAUUGAUUUUUAUUUGUUUCGUUGUUACUAACCGUAAGGUUUCGCUUCUCUCAAAGAGUGUUGUGUAGAAAAAAGAAUUCCUCUCCCUGCUCAAUCCUCGUCCACAUCUUACUCUACGAGAUAUGGCGAAGUUGAGGUAAAAUAAAAAAAUAAAACACUAGCCUUAAGAAAGACAAAGAUUAGGGAAUGAAACUAAAACAAAAUAAACGAAAUCGUAGUUGCAAUAUACAGUUCUAGUGGACAACAAUUAGGGAAACAUAAAACGAAUCAAUUUUUAAGCUAGUUACAAUUAGAAACGGAUAAAAAAACAGAAACGCACGGAUAGGAAAAGUGCCAUCCGAAAGGCAACAUCCAUUUCGCUCGAUUUCUAUUGUUUUGUUUCCGUACCCGCACUGCUACUGACGACAACGGAGCGGUAGAAAAUCGAACAGUGUGAGGGUAAUUUUGCAUUUCAUUUCGACGUUUUGUUAAGCAGCAUGUAAUUGAAUUUGUAAUGAAAGAAAGAAAAAGCUUCGUCCCCUUACUUGAGAAAGAAGAGGGACGCUGCUAGAGGCGCGCGCUCAAGUACGUUGUUAACUUUUGAACAUAACCUUAAAAGUAUAUAGACGAACCCAAUGGACACAAUCAAAUCUAUUAUGUUAAUCGUUAAUGCAACUAACACUAACAACACGGAUGAUGAUAGUGACGGUUUUGUUAGUAGGUAAUUUAGCGUUAUAAAUAGUACGGCAGCAACUAAAAGUUACUAAAGAUAAAAGUGGGAACACUGCGAUCGACAGUGGGACCAAUGUUUUGGCACUGCCUUUUUUUGGAGUUUUAGACUCUGGAUAUCCAAACAACAGGAAAUGUAGGUAGGUUGCAGUUUGUUCUUUCGAUCGAGAGGAACAUGAUGAUGAUUAUCAAUGAAAAU